UUUAUCUUUUCAGCAAGCUGCCUUUUCGUCCCACUCUGAGAACAUGAGGUUCAGCCCUUCGCUGUGGUGGAGCACAUCAGAAGUUACUUCCACUUCUGAUUCUGUUUCCAGGCAGCCACUCUUCCUUCAUUUCCUUAAAGAUUGCGAGGCUUGGCUGUAAUUAGGGCUUCAUUUUGCUUUUCAUCUGAACAGUGGUCGUUGCCAGGCACCUGAGCAGCAGUGGAAACCAAUUACCGGUGCAGGCGCCGUGUGUCACCAAUGGGCGCGUUUGCCCGUCGUUACGCUCAAUUGAACUGAAUCGUAGAUUUCCAGACUUCUCCUGCGUGAUCAGUGAAGUAUAGGCAACUUGCCACGCGGAACUGUGGAUGUGACGAAGGAAGGAGGGGAGAGAGAGAGAGAGAGAGAGAGAGUCCACAAUUCAACUUGCGGCUGAAGGACAGGACGCAUGUGUGGAGCCGCAGCCGCUCAGCUGUCUGCGCGCGUGGACGUGAAGCCGGCUUCUCAGAUGCCCAAACGCCAUUAAUUGACAAGGAAGCGAAGGCAGCCGUGGGCAAAGCCUGCGCGGCGCGCGCCUCCGUAGGAUUUGCUCCGCCAUGGAAGGGCUGCGGGCGGAAAACGCUGGAGUGGACGCCGCCGGGGCAAGCGCGGAGGAAAAGUACCGCGCUCUCGCCUACGACACGGCGCUGAGCACCCUGGUGGCGGUGGCCGUGUACGUGGUGGUGAAAGUGAGCGUGGACGGCAUCAGGCAGUGGCGCGCCCGGAUCCCGGUGCUCAUCGUGGGCUCGGGACCCGUGGGGCUCGCGGCCGCCCUGGUCGCUGUCCGCUCCGGGAAGGUGCUGAAGCUGACCCUGCUGGAGGAGCGGUACCGGGCCGCGCUGCUGUGCCGGCCGCAGCAGAUCGCGCUGGAUCCCCGCAGCGUGAACUUCCUGCUGGGGCUCGGGGUCGACUUUGACAACAUGGAGGGCUGCUGGCACAACGAGCACUUCUUCACCAGGAUCGGCGUGUUCCAGGAGUAUCUGCUGAGCAUCCUGGAGCAGAAGAAGCACAAGGUGGACGUCAGAGUGCAGCUGGGGACCAAGUUCUCGGAGGACUACCUGCGCCGCAUCCCACACAACGAGUGGCCGCGGGUGAUCGUCGUGGCCGACGGCUCGUGCGGCGACUCCUGCUCUGUGCUCGGCAUCAGCUCCGACUUCAGCGUGGAGUCCUGCCAUGCCUACGGCGCCAACGCGACCAUAGAGAGACCAGACCAGAGACAAGUGCCCACUCCUGAGAUUCGUGCUCACAGCCUCUACUUUGAUCUGUCCGCCUAUGGGGUGGAGGCGCUGCGAGAACACAGAACCCCUCCCACCAAACCCGGCUUCCACCUGAAGAUCUACGGCACCUUCAGAAACCGCUACAUGGCCCUGAUCUGCCCCGCGUCUGACACCAAGAUGGUUCGCUUCCUGAGGCACACCGCCAACGCCGCUGUCAUGAAGAACAUUUUCCACCAGUCGUUCAACGCCUAUAAGACGGACAUAGAGCCCCGCCUCAGCGACGUGACGCUCCACCACAUGCAGUGCAGCCGGCGCCUCUUCGAGAUCCAGCUGUCGCACCGACGCAUCAGCGCCGCUUACAUCGAGGGGGACAACGUGGCCGUCACCGUGGAGGGGGAGGCGGCGCGUGUCCUCAACUUCGACACGGGUGAGCAUGCGUCGUCAUGGGCGUGCGACUCAUUGGUGCACUUUGUGGCCUUUCAUCUGGUUCGUCUUCGUGUACUGUCCCAUGCAUGUCAUGCAUGUCAUCCAGGCUGUGGGGUAAAUCUAGGAAUGCGAGGCCUGGAGUCAAUGGGGACCUUUAUUUACCGGACAGCGACCGCCGUGGACCGGAACGACGUCCUGGAGGCGCUGUCGGCUAAGAUGCAGCACUCCAGACAGGUGGCCGAGACCUUCAGGCAGACGGGCCUUACAGAAUCCAUAUACGAAUGAAACCCACGGUUGAGCAGGUGAAUGCAUAGUGCCACCUAGUGGAGGAAGCUGGGAAAUCUGUUUACAAUGAAUGUUUACUAUGAAUCACGAAUCUUUUGCUGAUUGUGAUUAGAUCUACUCUCAGUGGACUGAGAAUAACAAUGUCCACAUUUAGUCUGGUACAUUUUUAACAAUGUUUAGAUUACAGACAUUGACAAUAUCAGAAACAACAGCAGUAAGAAAUACCUGAUAUAUAAUUCCAGUCAGUAUAAUUGUAUAAUUAGGAUAUUAUUGCACUGUACAUUGGAGACGUGAGAGACCAGGGAAACAAAAUCUAAUCUAUUCUGCCUGAGAAGUAGUAGGAAUGGAAGAAACCUCAAUGACCUUUACAGUUUUUAUGACUUUUACUUUAUCAUUGUAUUAUUAAAAAUUUUUAAUUAAACUACUAACUAGAGUUUAUUAUAGUCUUUGGUCAAAAUUAUUAUCUACAGCUGAGGAUCUAUAAACAUGUUUUGUAAAUUAAGGGAAUUAAUAUAAUUAAGGGAAGCACAUGCGCAGAAUACAGUAAGAUGAAGCAGAAUUUAACUGCUCCAGCGUUUUCAUAUCAAGCCUUUCGGGUUUGUGUUCAUGACUGGUGAUAGUCAUCGCAGAGAGGUCUAUUUUUUGUGUUGGCUCAUAAAUAAAUAUUUUUGUUCAUUUUGAAA